CUUUGUGUGGCACAGCAACAGAACACAGAGACUGCGGCCUGAGUUGUACAGGAGUUGGAGCCAGAGGACUCAAAAGCAGCUUUGGAGAUCCAGAAAGCAGGAGGGCCCUGAACCCACGCUUGCUGAGAGGAGUCACAAGUUAAGGUUAUGUCCCCCAAGGUUUCAAAGACUGCCGUAGUAACCCAGGAGCAGACUUGGAUCCAUCCCUAACCUAGGAGCUUCAAAAUCAGCAUUCCUCACUGAGAAAGAUGUAUAAAGUGGACCUGUCACCAGAUCCCAAGGAGGUGGCCGCCACUGAGGCUAGAAGAAAUCGAGAAAAGGAUCGACAGACCAGAUUUUUCAAUGUGCGAAACCGAGUCAUGGGGGUGAAUGUGGAAGCCUUGAACAACCAAGUGGAGGAGAGAAAGCUUCAGGAGGUAACUGAGCGAAAUAAGGAGGCAGCUUAUGAUACCAAGAAGGUGCAGUAUGAUCUGGUAGUCCAGAUGCUAGAGAAGGAGGAGGCAAAACGAGCACGUCGUAUGGCCAAGAAAAUCCAGAAUUUUCGACAGCAGAAGCAGGAAUUCAAGAACAGAUGGGAAUUUGAACUUCAGGAUGCAGCCCAAUUCCAAAGGAUUCCAGUCCAUUUCCAGGAGUUUCCAGCCCAAUUUCAGGAGUUUCCAGCCUGUUUCAGUGACAAAGGUCCCUUCAGUGGUCCAGCCAGCAUGCAGUGCUUCUUGGGGGAGGACCUGGAUAGAGCCUCAUUCCUGAGAAUGCAACAGCAGCAGUUCAGGUCUAACCUGGAAAGGCAGCUGCAGGAGCAACAGCAAGUCAAGGCUGAAGAGAAAUAUGCAGAUAUGCUUAGUGACCAGCUGCAGCAAGCCAUGGAUAUACGUGCUGCCCAGAUGGCCAGGCUGGAAGAGUCUUGUAUCGCAAUGAUGUCUGCCAGAGCCAAUGACAACAAAGCUCAGGCAGCUAAGCUGGCUGAGCAGCAGCGCCAGGAACAUCAGUGCCAACAGGAAGCCAACCUCUCAGACAUACAGAAGCAGAUCACCAGUAACCUCCUGACUGAGAACCCCCAGGUUGCUCAACACCUCAUGGCUCCCCACCGAGUCCUGCCAUAUUGCUGGAAGGGUAUGACUCUGCAGGAGCAAGCUGACAUCAGGAAAGCCCAGGAGGAACAACGCCAUGAGAAGGAGGCACAGCGCCAGGCUGAACAAGCCCUGGAUACUGAAUGGGCAAACCAAACUAUAUCCUUGGCCCAAGCAGCACUGGAGCUAGAGGAGCAGGAGAGGGAAUUGUGUGCGGAAUUUCAGCGAGGGCUGGGCUCCUUCAAUGAGCAGCUGGCCAAGGAUCAAAAGGCCCAGCAAAAUUACCUGAACUCGGUAAUUUAUACUAAUCAACCUACUGCCCAAUAUUAUCUACAGUUCAACACCAGCAGCCGCUGAACUCAGGAUGGUCACAUCACCCUUCUUUCCUAUUAAACUCACAGACGGUUAGUAGUCAAAGAGAAAAAUACAGUAUAUACCCCCAUCCUGAAUCCGUUCCCUAGUGGGAAAGUGCUAAGCUGAUACCUGCACCUGCUAUCUAAAGCAACAGAGUUAUUCACUAAAGUCAAAAUAAAUAAAUAAAUAA